AUGACAAUAAUUAAAGCAUGAGCAAAUAAUAUCAGUAUAAGAGGAUUUCAAGAGAAAUAUAUUCAAAAAGUCAGAUACUCAGAGCACGUUUUUGUCAAUAAUGUUCAAGAUCCAUGACCUUUAAUUCGAUAUGUUGAAAAGGAUGUAUUCUUCUCUGAAUCAAUGAGACAGGACGCUAUGAUACAACAAAUAUCACAACCAGGGUACGUUUACCUAUAUACUUGAACAAAUACCACUCCAUGAUGCAAUUAAUUGUAGAAACAUCCAAUUUCAGGAAAUAGAAAAGAGGGAAACUUGGGGUUAAAAAACGUUCGGUUCUCUUACUGCUUUCAAAACGAUCUAAGUGAACUACAGGGAGAAUAAAGGACAACUAAAGGAAAACAAAGGUGCAAUGACGUUCUUAUAAUGAUAGAGGCUGAAGGCUGAAUGCUACAACUUAGCAUCGAGAUGCUUCAGAAAAAAAAGUAUUUCUCUUCUUUCCCAGAACCACAUCCUCAUCAUACUCCUGGAUCCUAGCUAAUUUUUCUAGGAUGAUUAUACACGACGAAGGAUCCAGGGAAUUUAUGAUGUUUUCGAUCAGAUUUCAUGCUUGGUUGGAAGUGUUUUCCAAGGACAAGCCAAGAAAAAUUCGAGCCAAAAGGAAUCUGCCUGUUGAGACAAACUUAUAGGUCAGUGAACAUUAAACUUUUCUCGCCAGUUGUCCAUAUACACACACGUAUACUGAUAUAAAAGGCUAAACGCGGUAUGCAUCAUUUUAUCCAGCUUAAACUGCGGUCUUGAAUCAAGAAGCUGCUAUUCUGAGGAUCCGCAAACUGAAAAAUUAACCAUAUGAGGAUGUAGGCAUGAGAAUAAGUCGAGUCAAUCCUCGCGGAGACUACAAAUCGGGAUCGCCAAUAAUCACUAGGAAAAUUCUAACUAUGGAGUGAAGACCAAUGAACCAACUCCACCGACACUCCAUCCUGCAGGCAAACCUAGCCAAUUGCCCUCUACAUGACCAAAAUCAAAAGCAUCAUUAGGUGCCGGAGUUCAUCGACGAAAUUCGAGGAAGAAAAGAUUUCCCAGAUCUCCGUAUAUCUAGAUUUCCAUCUACCAACCCAAGAUCUGCAACUAUGCAUCUAUCCUAGGCAUCAGCACAUCGAACCCUUCCCAAGUCCAUCAUUCAAAAUGCAGAUCCGAUGAAGAACAAAACUAUCCGAAAGACGCUGACAAAACAAAUUGGAACACGCACUUCCUACUGGAUCGAGUCCGACAAAAUUGAUUCACCUCGAGACCAGAUCUUGAAUCCCCUCAGGAUCACGGACCUCCCACGCCUUCCAAUAGCCGGGAGCCAACGCUGAAGACACCGGGCGGCCGCGGACGCCGCCGUGGAUCUGUACUCUCCUUCACCUAUGCACUCGCCUUCCUCCCUUCUCCCUCUCGGGCUGAUGCUCCGGUCUGUCGGACCGGAGAGCGAGGGCGGGCAAGAGAGAGAGAGAGAGAGAGUGGUUACCGCUUAGUACCACCAGCUAGAUGGGCCUGAGCCGGAUCCCCCGGGGUUGUCUUCUGGGCCCCACCCAGAUCCUGGCAGCUAGAUGGUCCCCACCUGGCAGUCGGAUGGCCCUCUCCGGAUGACGUAAAAAAAAGAUAAUAAUUCAUACUCCGGAAUAUAUUUGAUUAAGGAAAAAUUAUACGAGUGGGUUAUUUAGCCAUAUUCUUCUUCAUUAUUACGGACAGGGGAUCCAUGAGAGCGUCCAAGCAGUGACUUUCCCCAGAGGCAAAAGUGGUAAUUCAUUACUAUUUUUUCAUAGACGGAUAAUGCCGGUUGACGAUCGCCUCUGGAUUGGGAGUUACGUCAGUCAGCGGUUAUAAACCCGGUUCGUGGAGAUAGACGACCGGUUCGACUCGACCGGGUUUGAAUAUUUUGGACUCCGUCGUCGGUCCACGCUGUUCUUAUCGGCUCCCAUUUUCUUUGAAACGACGAUAAAAAUACCCGUCCAAGGCGAGCUUAAGAAGAUCAAUUGAGAACAAUAACCAGAUAAACCAAGCCCUGAAAGGGUCUUGGGGAGAGAGAGGGAGAGAGGGAGAGAGAGGGAGAGAGAGAGAGAGAGAGAGAGAGAGAAGUGCCGGGGAUUAUUACAGCAAGUAGUACAAGAGAGAAGAGAGAUAGAGGGGCGUCUCAGUAGUCGGUGGUGGGGAGCUCCUCGUGGGUAUGGAAGAUGAAGAGGAGCUCGUAAAGGAUCCCAGCAACGCCGCCGCCGAUGAGGGGACCAGCCCAGUAGACCCAGUGGUUGGUCCAGCUCCAGCUGACGAGGGCGGGGCCGAAGGCGAUGGCGGGAUUCAUGGCGGCGCCGUCGAAGGCGCCGCCGACGAGGAUGUUGGCUCCGACCACCAGGCCGAUUGCGAGGGGGCCGAUGAUACCGACGCUGUCCUUCUUGGGAUCGACGGCCGUUGCGUAGACGGUGUACACCAACCCGAAGGUCAGCACGAUCUCCAGCACCACCGCGUUCCAGACGCCCACCCCCGACAGCUCGAAGAUCCCUGUGGACUGCGCCGGCGGGAGCACGUCGGCGUUAGACGCUCAGUUCGCCGGAGAAGGAGUCGAAGAAGGCAUGGUUGAGAUAGUGGAAACUCACCGAGCCGGUGACGAAGAGGAGGAGGAGACAGGCGACGAUGGAGCCCAGGAGUUGGGCGACCCAGUAGAGUAGGCCACGGAAGAGGGUGAUGUUUCCGCCGAGGAAGAUGCCGAAGGUGACGGCGGGGUUGACAUGGCCUCCGGAGAUGUUGGCCCCCGCGGCGACGGCGACGAACAGGGCGAAGCCGUGA